CGUGGCCUGGGUGACACAGAUGUGGAAAAUUUCAGGCAUUCAUUCUAAACUCCGGUUCAGAAAGUCUAGUUCUGAUGAUAGACCUGUCGUCUAUCAUCCCAAACAAGGCAUGUUAAUAGCUACGAUAGCCUCCCCAGAGACGACUCACAAGGACUUGGCAUGGGAUGUCUCAGAAAAGACCAUUGAGAACUUUAAUGACGCCCUCCAAGUUUCUGGUCAGUUGUCAGCAGAUACUAUCCUCCAAACCCUCAAGAUGCUGGAAAUCAAAAUCACGAGUAACAAGUUGUCACCUCCACUGUGCCAGAAAGUGACAGAUGUCAUCAUCAAGUAUCUGAGGACCUUGAAGCCAUCCAAAGAAUUGGAGGAGAAAUGUACUGCAGUCCUACUGGCUAUAGGGUCCUACCAUCCGGAAAUGAUCACUGAAAAACUCUGGGACAGAGUUUAUCUGUACACCUUGCCUCCCAGAAGCCUCCUGGUUGCCGUUGGGAAACUCACCGUCUGCCCGGGUAUAGCCCACUGCAUUGGCACCACAUGGGAACAUAUCCUGCGCCUUCUGGGGAUGACCCAGGAAGAGGAAGACAUGUUGGCAUUAUGUCAAGCACUCAGUGGAUUGGUCGUCAAUGUCCGAAAGCAUCUGGAUCUGGGCGCCCACGCUGAUGAAGUGAUGGACAUCACACAGGAGGCAGUGUCCAUCAAGGCCUACUAUACUCUCCGGGUGCUCUUGAACCGUUGGCCCAUGAAGACCAAGGAGGCAGAGCAAGCUCUGGUCAUUGCCGGCCACCUCUUCUUCCUCAUUGCACCAUCCAAACUCAAGAACCAAGUGAACCAGUUAGUCCGCUGGCUGAUGAUGUUAUUCACCCAUGUGACACCUUUCUACAUCUCCCAGUGUGUCUGCCAGCUCGUGGACUCUCUGGCUCUCAGCGGCUGUGGAGGGGUGAACUUGGAGUCCCAGCUGGAGAACUUGACGGCCAUGCUGUUGAGGCUGCUGACCGUAAAGGUCAACACCGCAGACCCCCACUCUGUGCAGAACAGCCACCUCGUCCUGAGGACUUUCAGUGUCCUAACCAAGCUGUACAGUGACCAGGUGGUGUUCUUGUUACGCAAGACCAUGGAAACCAGGGACCCGGACAUGGUGGCAUCCGCUCUCCAAGUCUUCAUGGAUUUGUUCCAGGAGGUGACCCAGUCUGAGAAGAGGAAGAGUGAAAUCCUGCACUCCACCAUUAUCAUGGUCCAGACGGAUCUCAAACCCGUGAGGAAGGAUGUGCUGCGCUUCAUCGAGAUGCUGGGGCAGCACAAAUACCUGGCCCUGCCCCAGAGCAAUGCCAUCCUCGACUACAUGGUGAAGCUCAGCGUAUCGGACUCCUUUAAUGAAGUGGACAUCCGAAUACUGUGUUCAAAGAUUCUCCAGAUGGUCUCCUUGCCAAGACUGGUCACCGUAAUGUGUGAGCCCAGCAGUGUCUUGGCCUUUGUGCCACUGUGUGAGACAGUCUUGGAAAUGGCUCUGAAGGCCCAGUCCCAGGGCAAGACCCCCUACCUCAGCGGCUUUCAUCUCACACCCACCCAGUUUGUAACCCCACAGAACCUCCUGUCCUGCCUCGUGAUGCUUUCCAUAAGGCCCUACAGACAAAAGAACAUUGGUGCAAGCUCCCUCAAGCUACUACAUGCCCUGCACCCUAUCACCUCUCUGCACCCCGUUAUCAAUUCAGAUGUGGGCCAGCUGUGGAUGAAAGAGAUCCCCAGGAUGGUUCAGUUCUUGGAGGAGCACAAUGAGAAGACCCUCAUUCAGGAGAAGUGGGAGAGAUGGCUGCUCAAGUUUUCAAGUCGCACCCUGGUGGCCAUCAAUGAUGACAAGUGGCUGGAGCACCUCAUCAGGGUCAUCUUGAAGAAGAUUCAUUAUUUCAGCGAGGCUGAUGAGAAGACUUUCCUGUAUAAAUUCUUCGGCUUCACCCUGUGGUCCUCAAGUGACAAGACAUUGGUGCAGAUGAUGAUCACCGCCUUGGUCCUGACCACCCACGAGGACUUGGCAGAGCGGGAGGGCAUUGCCAUGGCAAUCAGUAUCGUGGCCACGAGACACCUGAAGGUGGUUCUGGACCAGCUGCAAGUAUACUGUGCUGUGCUCACCAACAAGGACACCUCAUACAUCAACCUAAUGCCGAAGGAACAUCAGCAAAGGGAGUGGGGGCUGGUGUGUAGCACCAUCUACUUAAGCUACAGCAAGAUCAUCUGCGAGAGCAAGACAGCCAUCUACUACCAUGUGGACAACAUCCUGGCUUUGAUCCCGCAGCACUACUACAACUGCAUUGUGGAAAAGGAUAAGAAGCUGAAGGAGGAUUACCUGGACGCCCUGACCAUGCUGACCAGCAUCCUGAGCACCCACCCCAUAGCCUUUCAGUUCCAGUUUCCCCACAAAUCACACAUUGUGGACUUCAUGUUGGAGCUCAUCAAGGAGGAACCGCUGACCACCCUCUCCAGCCUCAUCAGGCAGAAGGCCAUGAGCAUCAUCACUGACUUCAGCAUGCUCAGGCCCUUCAUGGAGGUGGAAGAAAAAACAGAUCUACUUCGAACCUGCUUCAAGAGUGUGCUCUGCUUGCCCCCUGCUGAAGUUUUGCCGAAGGAGGAGUUUGGCACCAAGGAGGCCCAGGCCAAUGUGAGUAUGCUCAGCAAGACCCUGGAAGCUCUCCAAAGGCUGACGGAGGCACUGAUUGUUGAGAUGCCCACGCGUACCCAGCACUGCUUGGAGCUUCUGGACACGUGGCUGAAUUCCCAGAAGGACAGCGAGCGGGAGCGGGCCAUGUGGUGCACCGCCCGGAUUCUGGGCUUCAUUGCAAAGAUGAAGGACUUUGAUAAUAAAAUCGAGUUCACCCGGCUGGGACGCCUGGUGAGGCUUCUGGCCAUGCGCUGUCAGGACCCUGUGGACAACAUCUGCUUCCUGUCCGCCCAGGCUGUCUACAACCUCUACUGUAUCCUCUUGCGGCAAAAGCAGAUGGCAAGGAAGAAAGAGGGCUUGUGGGAAGAGGACAGCAAGAGUGGCAUCUAUAGUGCCCACGUGUUCUAUAACAGCACCUUUGAGAUCGCCAAGGCAUUUGCAGAGUACUUCACUAAGAUCCAGGUCACCACCUUGGUGCUGACGGCCAUAGAGGGCCUGACCGACAGCCGGGCCAAGGUGUCUCUGGCGCUAGCCCAGCUGAUGAGCGCUGUCCUGAAAGAGCGGGGCAAAGACGUGAUAAAGAUUGAGGAGGUUGUGGAGGGCAUCCUUGAGCGGCUCAAUUCACAGCUGGAGCCCAACACGAAGGAGGAGACCCUGCAGGCCAUGUGCUGGUUGGCAGGCAGCAACACCCACACCGUGGUGCCCAUGCUGCUCAACAAGCCCCUGCCUUGGGAUAGAACCAUUCUGAAUGUGUGGAAGGCAUUUGGCACCCUGCGGGAGAGCACAAUCAGCAUCCUGUUGCUGCUCAUAAGCAUUCUGGAAAAGCCGCACCCCAAAGAGGAAACCUUGGAGAUGGCCUUCCAGUCUGUGGCGGUGGCAUGUGCCUUGUGUGAGAUGUUUUCGGGGUCCUUGUGCCAGGAGGUUAUCCAGGAAUUCUACCCCCGCCUAUUGCUGGCUGUCCUGUAUCAUCUCCACUGGGUGAUUGAACAAAAUGCUGCCCAGAAGAUGGUGGUGUACAACAAGGAGGGGUACCUGGGCUCUAAGAGCAACUCCUUGGACCCCACCAGUUGUGCUCUGGAGGUGGUGAAGCUGGUGAUACUCGCAGCUGCAUAUGAUGGAGUGGUGAACUAUGCAGACCUUCAUCACUCCUGGGACCUUCUGUCCUCCCCCAGUCUUUACCACAUUGGGAUCAUGGACCUGACCAGUGGUAUUGUGAUAAGCUGUGAGCCAGCCGUUCUGCACCGAAUCCUGAACCUCGUCAGGAACCUCCUGUACAACCCAGAUAAUCACUGGAAGAUCCUAGCCAGAGCCUUCUACGCACAGCUGCUCUGGCACCGGUCAGUGGCUCAGACUCUGGGGCAGGAAUUUCUGGGCAAUCUGGUCAAGUGGAUCAAGGAGCCCAAUCUUACGAUGAAAGAAAUUGGCCUCCGUGGAAUCGGCAACCUGGCACUGCACCCAAAGCAGUCAGAGUCUCUGCAAAGCCUGGCUCCAUUCUUGCGAAACUUCCUGAAGAGUGAGGUACGAGUGACAGUGCAGGCCGUGAAGACUUUGCGGAACAUCAUCUGCCACGGGAAGGGGAUGGAGGCCAAGGUCGUCUUUUGCAGCAUCUCCAAGCAACUGCGUCCACUCAUUAAUGAUGAGAGGGACGAGGUGAGGAUCGCAGCCACCUCUGCUCUGGGUCACAUGCUACGUCAAGUGGGCAAAUUUAAGCCUGGAUCCUCCAUCCAAAAAGAGAUUUAUACCUUUCUCGUCCCCCUGCUGCUCAGCAUCCAGGACACCAACAUCGAGGUGAUUAAGGCCUGUGGAGGAGCCCUGACCGAGUGGACUAAGGUGAUUGUCUGGUCGUCACUCACGGAGGCCUUCCGGCACACCACCCUCAGCGACCACAUCCACGUGUUGGAAGAAACAUGCAAGUACCUGGUGGGCACAGGCAAAUUGCAGCUCGUGGGGGACUUACUGUCCCAGAGCUUUGACUUCCUGAAGAGCCCUCAGUUCUUCCUAAGGGCAGCUGCACUCAACUUCAUAGGGUUCACGGUAAAGAGGCUAAACAUGAAACUCAUCCACCCCAAAGAUGUGCAGCUCUUGCGGAGUGUUCUAACAUCCCUCAACAAUGACCCUAUGGAAGAUAUCCCGAUUUUGGCCCAUAAUGUCCUGAAGGCCAUCGAAGACUCUCUUGCCUCGGGGUAUGCCUCUACUUCCAGGCUUACUCAGCUAAGCAGGCACUUCUUCAAAUGGUCCUGCCUGAAACACACAGAAAGAAAGAAGCGACUGUUUAAGACUGUCAAGCGGGAAAAGGCUGAGAGUGAUCAGAAAAGGACAGCCCCGACCUGGCUCCAGAGCCCUCUCGCCUCAUUGCGUAACUGGUACAAGUCACUGUAAAUCUUGAGACCUGGGGACACCAGUCCUUGCAACUGUUGACCCAUAUGUUGAGCUCCGCCCCACGGCAUGUGCUCCCAUCUCCUGCCCCACUGGGACUACAUUGGCUUAAACUCCAGGAAAGGUUUUUUUUUUUUUUUUUAAUAAAUGUGUCUAAUAUUU